UUCCUUGGUGGCAUGCUCUAGCGCUGCCCUUGGCUGACAUACCCUCGAACACCUCCCAGGCUUCCAUCCCGCCGUCGCCCAAAUGCCGCCGGCGAACCUCACCCCUACCAAAUGGCCCAAGACCCUCACGGCCGAAUACCUCCACCGUCUCGUCCGCGCCGAGCGCGACCCGCGCCGCGCGCUCGCCCUUUUCGACGCGGCCACCGCCGCGCCCGUCUCCACUUCCGCGCCGCCGGCCCCAAUCCUCCCGUCGCCGGACACCGUCUCUCUCCUCACCUCCCGCCUCGCCUCCGCCGGCCUCCUCCCCCUCGCCACUUCCCUCCUCUCCCGCUCGCGCGCGCUCUUCCCUUCUGCCGCCGACCUCGAGCCCCCCUUCCUCACCCUCCUCCGCGCUUUCGCACGCACCCACCGCCCCCUCGCCGCCCUCCAGCUCUUCCGCUCCGCGCCCUCCGCCCUCUCUCUCCCCCACUCCGCCCGCUCCUACACCGCCGUCCUCGCCACCCUCGUCGCCCACUCCCAGCUCCCCCUCGCCCAAUCCCUCCUUGCCGACAUGCGCGCCGCCGGUUUCGCCCCCACCACCGCCACAUACAACGUCCUCCUCAAGGCCCACUGCUCCGACGCCGCCGCUCCCAUCGACGACGCCGUCCGCCUUUUCCGGAACAUCCCCAAACCCGACGCCUGCUCUUACAACACCCUCAUUGAUGGGCUCUGCCGCCGCAGCCGCCGUGCCGAGGCCCUCCAGCUGUUCUCCGAGAUGGUAGCAAAUGACAUUGCGCCUACGGUGGUUACUUACACGACUGUUAUCAAUUGGCUCGCCCGGGAGGGUUGCUUGGACGAUGCACUGGAGAUGUUUGAUGAAAUGGUGAAGAGAGGUAUUGCACCGAAUGUUAUCACCUAUAGUUCUCUGAUUGACGGGUUGUGCAAGGGUGGGCGCGCAGCAUCGACAUUGAAGUUGCUGGAUAGGAUGGUCAAGGAGAAGAAGCUGCCAAAUACAGUCACAUAUAGCUCUGUGAUUAACGGUCUCUGCAAGGAAGGCCGGCUGAGGGAAGCAAUGGAGAUUUUGGACCGGAUGCGUCUCCAGGGGAGGAAGCCUGAUGCUGGAUUGUUCGGGAAGCUAAUUGUUGGGCUGUGUGAUGCGGGAAGGGCUGUCGAGGCUGCAAAUUACCUGGAUGAGAUGGUUCUUGCUGGCGUUCAACCCAACCGGGUGACCUGGAGCUUGCAUGUCAGGAUAAACGAUGCGGUGGUGACAGCAUUAUGUGCUAAGGGUGAAGCUGAGAGGGCUUUCCGGGUUUACCAGAGCAUGAGGACGCGUGGAAUUUCGACUGAGCCAGGCACUUUUCAUCUCCUGGUCGAGUUCUUCUCCAAAAAGAACAAUUUGGAGAAAGCAGCUCAUGUUGUGCUAGACAUGCUGUCAGAGAGGUGCAUCCCUGAGAGAGAAACAUGGGAUGUUAUUAUCAGUGGGUAUUGGAGUAAGAAGAAGGUGAGACAAGAAGCUGAGAAAAUGUGGAAGCAGUUAAUAGUCACCUGAUUUGGGAUAAAUGUGGUACUACACUGUGCUAGUACAUGAUGUGCCUGAGCUCUCAGCAAGCUAAAUUGUCCCUUGAGGUAGUAACAUGUUUCUCUUUCCAUCAUGGUGUUAAAAAAGCGAGAUAGUAUUAUUCCCAAACCACACGCCGCUGUUUCCAUUUCCCGGAUAUGUGAAGAACUGAAGCUUAUUGUAUGAAUAAAAUUUUGAAGCUUCAAGCAAGCUGGCAGUGUUCAGAUUUAAGACAGAAGCAAGUUAUCAAUUCACUUUAUCUGCCUAAACAUGUGUUUUGAAGCUACAAGCAAGCCGGCAGUGUUCAGGGAGAAGAACAUGUGUAUUUGGCUUAUCGAGGCUAACUGCAUGAAGUCCAAACAGAUAUAUAUUCUCCGUAGGUUCCAUCCUUGGAGGCCUGCAAAUAUUUCAUCUUCAAACAAUAUUUGCGAUUAUGUAGUGAUUUGUGCACAAUUGGCCUUGGCUAUCUCUUAUGCCAACUAUAAGUGGUGUCCAGAAAACAGAGAACAUAUUGAGUCACGAAUUACAUUGUGAUGGAAGAAGAAAACAUAUAUCAGGUGGUGGGUGUCUUCUAUUUUGCAUUUAGAAGAGUUUGGAGAAAAUAACACAUAUUGAGGUUGUGUACUAUUAUAAACAACAUGGCAUUUCCAUUCAAAUUGGUCAUGUGUUGAGUCCAUCGGAUGCGAGGAGUAAAGAAUCAUCUGCGGUGGGUGAAUUGGUCGAUUGCUCUCUGUGAGGAUUUAUGCUGGCUAGUCAUCUGGUGCCUUGAGUUGGAUCUAUAGAUAGAUAAUGUCAUAAUGACCAGAUUGAUCCUCAUAUGAAAGCACAUCCUAACAAUGGUAUGCGUGGUGUGAUUGGUUGCUGCUGCUUUAGAAGAUGCAGUUGAUUGUGCUAGCUGGAUAGCUCCUUGCCUUUCCUUCUUCAAUUGGCUGCAAAUACUUCCUUCAGGUUUGGCUAAGGUCAGUUGGUUUUUUCUGCUUUGAAUGGAUUGUCGGCAGCUGCAUCACUUCAACAUAAAAUGCAAUGUGCCAUUCAUUCUAUCUGGUUCACAAUAUGCGGUAUCGGCUAUGUAUAUGUUUCUUGCCCAACAUGAUGGUGGGUAUA